AUGCGAAAGCGCCUAAAGUUGCGUGAAUACUUGGAUUUGAAUCGUAACCGAAGUUGUGAAAUACUAUCAAAAAUUUGCGAAAAUCGUGUAGAAAUCCCCCGAGCUACUUAUUUUACCAUAAUUGGUAGUCACGAUAAAGCUAACAUUGAACCGAUUUGUCAAGUGAUUUCCCGUUAUAAUGCUCUCAACUAUUUAACAAAUUACUUAAAUUCUAAAAACUUCUAUCGGCGCGUAUUUGAUUUCGAACUCAUCACUGAUUAUUUUUGCCGGGGUCUUAUUUCUUCUGUGUUAAUCAACUCGAAUGAACCCUCUGAUUCACUUUUAGCCGUUGAUCUUAUGCAUAUAAUAUGUCGCAACAUUUACCACACGCUCAAUAAAAUCGGGCAAAAUGAGUCAGUAAUAUUCGCCUUUGAGAAUGUUAUCAAAGAGGCAGCGUUUCCCUUCCUAACAAUUAUAUCUACACCAGAUCUUGACGCACUAACUUGUUCUGUAUCUUGGGCUCUUGUAAAUCUGUUGAAAUCGACAAAUAUCGUGGUCCGAUUCAGUAGUACCCCUCCCUCCAUCAAAUGGAUUCAUCAACUAAUGCUUGCGGAACACGUUGUUGAAGCUUUGGAUAUUCAACUACGACCGUUGAUUCGACUCAACCAUCUCUUAAUUCGAGAUGCCGAAAAAUUCACUUUGAAAUGCCUUGAUGAGCUUGAUUUUGAAGCGCUUUUUCCCUUAUUUGUGGUACUUGCUAAUCUGCCGCCUAGUUAUAACUUCGAAAGAAGCUACUACCGCCGACUUCAAAAGCAUUUUGUUCAAAUAUCCCAAUUUAUGAACAACCUUAUCACACAUACCUCGACAAAAUGUCCUCUGUUUAUUGGAACUGUUGCUGUCUCUGUGUUACCAGUCUUUCAUGAAUAUAUGCGCUCUUUGAAGAAUAUUCCAAGUAUCGUAGCACUUGAUGUUCUGUCUAAUCUUUGUCUAUUUCUAAUGGCUUUGGAUAACAUUCAAUUUCCGCCUCAUGAAAGCAUGGCAGUUAUCGCAUGUUUUGCCUCAUCUGUUGGGGUUUUGGCCUCCCAAGCAAAUUCUCAUAUUUCUAAACAAUCAGUGAAAUUUCAGUCAGUGUGCUUAAACGCAGCCAUUUGUGGAGUUAUCGCUCUUCGGAAACGAUUAGAUUGGUCUACCUUUGGUGGCAGCAUUCUAUUAGAUCUUCGAAUGCUUAUCACACAAUUGAAUUGUGAAUUGUCACGAGAUAUUAUGGAAUCAAUUCUAGAGUGUAUCAUCUCAGCCUAUGGGGAGUCGUCGAUUGCAGCUUGUGAACUGAUUGGCGCAUUGCCUUGGAAAUCUAGCUUGCAUGAUUUACUAUUGACAGUGGUGAGGUGGAUGGAAGGAAUUGUGAGAUUGUAUAUUCUACCCGAAGGUGUUGGAUUUGUGCAUCUUACAGGCUUUCAACUACGAUUGGCUGGGGUGAUUUUGUCAACGUGUCAUUCACUUGGACGAGACAAUAAAGAAGUUGCACAAUUUUCUAUUCCAAAGAGGUUCAGCCGUCAUCGAGUUAUGCCACCAGAAUUUACCAAAAAGUAUUUUCCACAAGUAACCCAGGAAGAAUUGGACACCUACCGGAGUAAAAGACAUUUGGAUCCCAAUGCCAAACUUCCCGUUUCUCCAGUUAAAGAAGCACCUCGAAAUAUGAAGCUUCUCUAUCAAGAGCUACUUCCGCAUAAUUUGGAUCCUCGUUAUCGCGACAGACUUCGUGAACGCCUUGAACGUCGUGAAAUGAUGCUUAGAAGACGUCAAAUCCACAUUCCAGAAUUUUAUGUUGACGCAUGCUUUUAUGAAUUUGCAGGAUCUAUCCUGUCAGUCACAGUGGCAGACAAGUACGCACCUAACAAGAAGAACCGCUUCGUUGGAAUUUGCAUCGAAAGAAGCAACGAGGGUCUGUGGAGCAAUUUCACUCUUCGAAAUGUUAUUGAUAAAACUGCUGUGGAAGUGAACUUUGAGCUCUAUAAUCCAACACUGCUCUCUAUAGUAGUUCUCUUGUUGGAGAAGCGAUUAGACCAAAAUCUAUUCUAUUUACGUGAUGCGCCCUUGUCUGAAUCCCGUGUUCCCUUUGAUUUCGCACCAGUACCGCGUGAAAAGGAUGCUCCUGUGCCCAUUAAUGACAAAAAAGUGAAACUACUUCCUCGACCUUGGCACUUUCAAUGGCAUCUGCAUGGAUAUCGAGGUAUCGAUCCCGAAUCUCUCUACAGCCAACUUGACGAGAAGGAGUUGCUGCAAAUCAAGAAGAAGAUUGAAUUCGUUGACCGAUAUGACUUGAUGAAGAUGUACAGGUCGAGAAAUAUUCCGGCAGAAGAGAAUGUAGUUAUGGGUGAGGUCGGCCUUCAACAUACGGAACUUCUUCGUCACUCGGACUUCUUGAAAGGUCGCUGCCUUAAUGGGGUUGCUGACUUUGAUUCAACUUCUUCCUCGUCCAAGCCUACUCCCUCUUCUUAG